GGGAGCUUCAUCAAGCAGGUACCGUGUAGUACUGCACACCGUGCUCAAAUGGCCAUCCCACAUGACUGAAGCGGGCCGAACGAUAACUCUUGGACCCACCCACCCACCGAGUACUGACGUAGCAUCCCACCCGGUGACAACCAUACAUCUUCCUAGGAGCCAGGUAUGAGCAUUGCGCAAACCCAGAGAGAAGACAACGGCCAUGAAUGCUGUUGAUAUUGGCCGGUGCAGCAAACGCAUCGUGCAAUACAUUUGGGACCCCGAGCCCAAGAAUGACAGACAACCGCAUGAACCCAUCUGGUGUCUAGGGGUAAAAUACCCUUCAGCGGAGGCAAGAGCAUCACAGUCAAAGACUCAUGAUGACGGCCAAAAGGGGGACGAGAGAGAUGUGGUUGUAUCGACCGCCUCAAGGACAAUGGGUACGGCAGAACAUAGUUGGCCAGAGGCGUUCAUCUCAGACUUUGAGUCGAGAAUAUGGAUGACCUACCGCUCAAAUUUUAUACCGAUACCCAGACCCGAUGGCCACGAUGCCAAUGCUUCCAUGACACUAAGCGUUCGACUACGAAGUCAGUUGUUGGACACCGAAGGGUUUACCUCAGAUACUGGGUGGGGUUGUAUGAUAAGGUCGGGCCAGAGCCUGUUAAUCAACACAAUGGCCUUGCUACUCCUUGGGCGCGUAGAUUGGCGCCGUGGGCAGAGACUCGAAGACGAAGCCAGACUGCUAUCACUUUUUGCAGACACCCCAAGUGCACCCUUUUCAAUUCACCGCUUCGUACAGCAUGGUGCACAAUCAUGCGGCAAAUACCCAGGGCAAUGGUUCGGGCCAUCCGCAACUGCCAGAUGCAUUGAGGCCCUUUCUGGUCCGUGGAAAGAGCCAUCUCUCAACGUAUACGUCACAAAUGAUACCGGGGAGGUAUAUCGCGAUAGGUUCCUGGAGGUUGCCCGUAAUGGUACAGACGAGAUUCAGCCAACCCUCAUACUUGUCGGAAUAAGACUCGGCAUUGAUUGCGUGACUCCUGUUUACUGGAGCGGGCUUAAAGCUGCGUUACAAUUUCCCCAGUCGGUGGGAAUAGCAGGGGGACGUCCUUCGGCCUCGCAUUACUUUGUAGGCCACCAGGGGUCAGAUUUAUUUUAUCUCGAUCCUCACUUUACCCGCCCUGCUAUUCCAGAGCGUGACACAAACAAUCCAUACUCGAAAGAUGAGAUCGACACCUACCACACACGACGACUGAGAAGGAUUCACAUGCGGGAUAUGGAUCCAAGUAUGCUGAUAGGGUUCCUCAUCCGAAACAGCGGGGACUGGCAGGAUUGGGAAGAACGGGUAAAGUCCAUUGAAGGAAGAGCUAUAAUCCACGUUAUCGACGAAGUAGAUAACACAGUAAGCAUGGACAGGAAUGCUCUGGAUGAAGUGGAAGUACUGGAUGAUGAAGAAUAGAUGCCCGGCAUAUAACGUCGAGAACUCAUUCAGGAAAGACAUCAGUCAGUCGAGUUAAGCCGAUAAUUCCUUUUGACGUACCCAUGGAUAUGGAAAUCAAUUCAGAAAUCGAAUUCUGCUGGGGACGGCAAAAUCGCGCGACCGACCCCAGAUCCGAGUUAUGUUACACCGUAUUCAUGUCACGAAAACCAUAAGAAACAUUUGGCCCAAGGGGAAAAAAUAAAGCCAUCCCAUGACACAUUAGAAAAAUCCCGCGAACACCCUGUGACCCACCACCUCAGAACCGUUGCUGAUGACGAGGUAGCAAAAAAAAAAAAACAAUCCCGCAGAAACAAAGAAAGAAAUCAGAAAGCUUAUUUGGCAGAAGAAGAGUACUUUGUGACGGCCUUGGUGCCCUCAGACACCGC